AUGAGACCUACUUCAAUUCUUAGAUCUGGUGGUGACGGAGAGGUUGGCAAAUACAUUGGUGGAUGGGGUAACUUGGGCUCUCAAACACAGAAGGGUAUUGCAUCAUACGCACUCAGCUCCAAUCGACAACGUCCUUUUGCCGGUGCUUUGAACGCCGCUUUUUUCAACACCUGGAGACGAUUCCGUGGCCAAGUCCUUUACGUUGCACCGCCAUUCAUUAUUGCAUACACUGCCAUGCAAUGGGCUAUCGAGAGAAACGAAUACUUGAACUCAAAGCCAGGAAGAUUGGAACACGGCGGCGGGGCAGAGUAG